AUGUCCAUGAGAGCGGUCCUAGUGACUCAGUAUGGUGGGCCAGAGGUUCUCAAACUGGAGAAUAUCCCAAUACCAACUCCCAAAGAUGGAGAGGUGCUGGUCCGAGUCCACUACUCUGGUGUCAAUCCUGUGGAUGCAUCAAUCAGGGAAGGAAUUCGCAGCAUCGGCAAAGAGCCACCUUUUGUCAGCGGUAGAGAUGCUGCUGGGGUUGUAGAGGUUGUAGGACCGGGGGUCACAGAAUAUAAAAAAGGUGACCGAGUGUACGUGGUUGCUGUUGUGUCUGGUACAUGCGCUGACUACACAGCUGUUCCUUUACGUAAUGUUGCCUUGCUGAGUGAUCGACUGACAUUUGCUCAGGGAGCAGCCAUUGGGAUACCAUAUUACACAGCGUACAAAGCUUUGUACACAUUAUGUCAAGCAAGACCUGGAGAAACUGUCCUCAUUCAUGGAGCCAGUGGAGGAGUGGGGAUAGCAGGUGUGCAGAUCGCUGUAGCAAAUGGGCAGAGAGUGUUGGGAACUGCUGGUAGUGAGGAGGGGCUAGAGCUGGUCAAGAAGUUGGGAGCUGACCAGGUGUUUAACCACAGGGAGGAAGGCUACACAGACAAGUUACUGGAAGCUACCGGUGGCAGAGGGGUGGAUGUGAUCCUAGAAAUGCUGGCAAAUGUCAACUUGGACACAGACCUGGAUCUGCUUGCCUUCAGGGGUCGGGUUGUG